AUGCACGAGGAACUGUAUCUGUACCAACUAGGACUAGUGAUGGGCCGCAUCUCCGAACGAAAUCAAAGCCCCGAAGUGGACUACGCGGUGACCCUCGAGAUCGACAAGGUACUCGAGAGUUGUCGAGCCUGCAUGCCAUCGUCGUGGUGGCAGUCCAACCAAUUCGACACAUCGUCCCCACAAGAGAUCUUUGCGGAGAAUUCCAAGAAGAUCCGCUUCCACACCACGCGCAGACUCCUGCAUCUCCCCUUCAUGUUGAAGGGCUACAACAACCCCCAAUUCGAGCCGAGCAGACUCGCCACCCUCGAAGCGUCUGCAGCGCUUAUAUCGUACUACCGCCGGCUUCGCGAGGAGGACUUGUCCGCGCUGAAAAUGUGCGAUAUGGCCGAUUUCGAAGUCUUCUGCGCGGCGUUGACCAUCACGAUAGACCUGCUCUGCCGCGCGCGGCCGAGCGACGAAGCUCGGAGAAGCUGGCAAUCCGUCGUCAACGUCGCUCACGAUCUUCAUCGCGUCUCGGAGCACGUCAGCUGCGCGGUGGCAGCGAAGGCGGCAAAGGUGCUUCUAGAGCUGAGCGCAGCACGCCAUCAAUGGGGCCUUUCCAACACCCGCAUCACCCUCGACAUCCCCUACUUUGGCCGGAUUUGCAUCCGGCAACUGUCCAUGUCGAACUCCUUCUGUAGAGGCGAUUCGAACACGCAAUCCCCCCAGCAGACCUCCGAGCUAGGGGAAACGGCGAAUAAGAGAUAUGACGCGUCGCUCGAAGGCUGGUGUUUCCCAUAUCCGAGCGACCGUGCGCCCCGGUACAAUAUCGAGCUAGGCAUAUCGACAGUGCCAGAUUUCGAUGAUACGAUUGAUUGGAGCUGGUUCCUUUCAAACGAGGACUUGGGUGUUACGACCCUGCCUACGAUUUAA